AUGUAAAAUCAAUAAUUUGGUAGUGAUGCAAAAGCAUACAAAGAAUAAGCACAGCAGAGAAAACAAUAAAAAAUUGAAAAACUUUGGAAUGAAAUAAAUAACAAUCCAGAAUUGAAGCCAGUAAUUGUUAUAAUCUAAUACUAGCAAUUUCUCCAAUUAAAAAAAAAAAUAACAAUUUCUCAUAAUAAAAGAGAAGAGACCACUGGGAUGAUAAUGAGUAUGAAAGAAGAAUAUAAUUAAUUAAAAGCCGACAUCAAAGAGUUUCUGAAAAAAUAAAACAAAAUCAAAUCAGUCAACAAUCCUUCUAAUAACAAAUGAC